CUUUUUUCUUUUUUGUGGUCCAGAGCUCAAGCACGCUGCACCUCCCCAUUACUCCUCUCAUAAACAUGGCUGAACUGAACACGGACGGUGAACUAAAGGACUGAAGGGGUCUGCUGCAGCAGCACAACAGUACUCACACACUCUCUCUGAUUCAGACGAGAAGACUGAACAUGACGUGAACGUUUACAGCGGGAAGCUAAAGCAGCAAAACUUUGAGCGUGACAGCCGCUAACGACGAGACUUCAGCGGGACAGACCACAUCCAGCUGAGAUACUACUGCAUGCAAAGCACAGACUAAAUACUGCCUUUGCAUUCAUGGAAACUAUGCUUUUAAACACAUCGUCUACUGAAGAAACCCUGGAUUUAAUGCUUUGAAGUAGCCCGAAACCGCUUUAAGAGUUUAAGGCUGCUCUUAUAUGCACUUACAGUUCGCAUUUUUGUCAUAUCUUCCCGCUUAAACGAUGUUCUCCGGUAAACAAACGAAGCCGACUUUUAAGUCUUAUCUUCCUCCACUUCAGACUGAUUUGAAGAAAAGUCCUCAACUGCCCAUCAAGAAACUAGAAGCGAAACUUUUACCAGGUGAAAUAGUUGUGAACGAGUCGAACUUUGUAAGGAAGUGCAUUGGAGCAGAAAGCUGUCAGGAUGACCUCUGGGGCAAACUCGUGUGUACUAACUUCAAAGUUUCCUUCAUUGCCCAUAAUUCCCUGGCACAACAGAGAUUCCAGUGCACCCACCGCCUCUUGGGUGAGCACGAUAUCCCGCUGGCCUGUGUGGAGCAGGUAGUAACAGUGAAUGAUGUUAAGGGGAAACAGAAGAUUUUAGGUUCCAAUCAGAAGCUGAAAUUUAACCCUACUGAGCUUAUCCUCUACUGCAAAGACUUCCGCAUCAUCCGAUUCCGCUUCGAUGAAGCUGGACCCGAGAGUGCUAAAAAGGUUUGUCUGGCCAUCGCUCAUUACUCCCAUCCUGCUGACCCACAGCUACUCUUUGGCUUUGAAUACGUAGGAAAACGAUAUCAUGGAUCAACAGGUGAGCGGGUGAACGGUGUUGACCCUGGCGGGGGGCUACAGACCCCCCUGUUCGACUGCUCCUCAGACUGGGACAGAGAGAUCAAGCGUACUGGUGCCUCCGAAUGGAGGGUGUGUACCGUAAAUCAAGGCUAUUUCAUCUCGCCCAGUCUCCCAGAGUUCUUUGUGGUUCCGGUAUCUCUAGCCGAUCAGGAUCUGAAGCAAUACGCCUGCUGCUUUUACUCCCAGCGCAUCCCGUUGUGGUGCUGGAAUCACUCCAGUGGGAGCGCUCUGGUCCGCAUGUCUAACAUCAGUGACCCGCAGCAGCAGAGGAAGGUGGAGCAGCGGAUUUCCAGUGCCAUCACUAAGAGCCACCCCCUCCGCAGUGAUGUCUUCAAGUCAGAUUUGGACAAAAACCUCCCAAACAUCCAGGAUAUUCAGACUGCUCUACUGAAACUGAGGCAGAUUUGUGUUAUAGAUUCCUUUGAGGAGUCUGAAGAGAAGUGGCUGUCAUCCUUAGAGAGCUCAAGAUGGAUGGAGUAUGUCAGGACAUUUCUGCGGCAUGCAGUAGAGGUAGUCUAUAUGCUGGAGAGCAGACAUGUGUCUGUCAUACUUCUAGAGAAAGAGGAUCGGGACCUGAGUUGUGUGAUUUCCUGUCUGGUGCAGCUGAUGUGUGAUCCUCACUGCAGGAGUCUGCACGGCUUCCAGGGUCUGAUCCAGAAGGAAUGGGUGAUGGCUGGGCAUCGGUUCCUCGACCGCUGCAACCAUCUGAAGAAGAACGACAAAGAGGAGUCUCCUGUGUUCUUGCUGUUCCUGGACUGUGUGUGGCAGCUGUGGAAUCAGUACCCAGCAGCCUUUGAGUUCACUGAGGUGUACCUGACAGUGCUGGGGGACAGUUUGUGGGUCCCCGUCUUCAGCACCUUCCUCUUUAACUGCCCCCGACAAAGAGCAGAGCACAGCAGGGAUUUCGCAAGCAGUAAGAGUAUUCACCUGGGGCAGGACCAGGCUCUGUGCUUUCCUCCGGUGUGGGACUGGUCUCAACAGUUCAGUCUUAAAGACCAGACUCUCUUUAAUAAUCCCCUGUACGUGGGCAAGAUCGCCACCUGUGUGCAGAACGGCACAGUGAAGACAUUCACACACAGACGCAGCAAGAAAAACUACAGCUCCACAUUGCGGGGUCUGCCCUCUGCUUUGCGAAACGGCUCGCUCGGACCGAACGACACCCUGUCACGCCGGAACUCCCUCGUGUUGCGUCUCCGUUCUGAUUUGUCUCAGGUGCGGGAGCAGCAGGAGACGCCAUCGGAACGCUUCGUUCGGGACUUCUUCUCUCGUCCUGUCGACCUACAGGGCCUGCUGCUCCCCCAGCUCCUCCCAUCUCACCUCUCUGUUUGGAAGCUCUACUUCCUGCGCUGGGUUCCCGAGGCACAGAUUCCUCAGGGCGGCCCCAUCACCGCCUUCCACAAGCUCUCGGUGCUCACAGACGAGAUUGAAAUGCUCCAGAACCAGCUGAGGCAGUACCAAGGAGCAGCAGGUACUCCUAACAACCUGCACACGGAGCACAGCAAAAUGUACUUCAAGGCGACUUCGACCCCUCACCAGCCCCCUGCUCCUCCAGAGUACCUCAGCUCUUCAUUCCCUUUCUCUCCUGUGGGCAACCUGUGUCGCCCCGGCGUCCUGGGGACUCCUCUCAGCAAGCUCCUCAACGGAGCCAAGAUCUGGCUCUCUACGGAGACACUAGCUAAUGAGACGAUUUGAGGGCAGAGCGCUGGGAUAGCACUGUGAGGUCACACAAACAGGAAGAUCUUGUAUUAUUGAGGUCUCAUUUGGAAUGUGCAGGCUUGUGGUACUGAGAGUUACCUGGACAUCAGUCUGUUGAGCGUUGACCGUCAAUGAGGGGUUGUUUUUGCACAUGAUUGAAUAUAAAGCUCCAGUCGCACAUCUUUCUGACUUAGGAUUGUUUGGAUCGGUUGUACACUGCCUGUGUGGACUUUUCUCCUUGUGUUGAAAUAUUUGAAAUAUUUUUUGUGUGGAGCUUGUGGCAUUAGUUGGAAAGGAAGUAGAACUGGUAACACUUUAUAUUAAGGUUCAGUUUGUUAACAUUAGGUAAUGCAUUAGGGAUCAUGAACUAACAAUAAACUGUUUUUACCUCUAAUAUAAAAUUUCCAUGUGAAUACACAUGCUACCGUUCAGAGUUUUAGGGUCAGUAAGUUUUCUAUUUUAAUGUUUACUCUUAUGACAGCAGAGGU